AUGGGCCGUUUAUUCCUUUUCUCCACUCUCGCUGUGCUGCUGAAUCUCUAUCAAGCACUUCCUGCAACGGUGUUGAUAAACAAUCAAGAUAUCCGCUCUGAGAAGCAUGAUGAAUGGGAUAUUUCCACAAGAAUUCUGGAGGCAAACAAAGAGAUCAGCGAUUCGCUGCUGGAAGGAGAUUUGGCCAUGCCCAAAACCAGAAAUGCCAUGAAAUGCUUGAAUAACUACUGCAGAUGGCCAAAAUCCACUUUGGGACUGGUCGAAGUGCCUUACACUUUUGCUGACUUGUUCUAUAACGACGAGAAGACAACGAUUGAAAGUGCAAUGAAGAGCAUUGCAGAAAAAACCUGCAUUCGGUUUGUUCCUCGGAGCACGCAAGUCGACUAUCUCAGUAUUGAGAAUCUAGUAGGGUGCUGGUCUUCUGUAGGAAGAACUGGGGGUAAACAACAGGUAUCUUUGUCUGUGAGCGGAUGUGUUAAUCAUGGAAUCAUUGAGCACGAGCUCCUUCAUUCUCUGGGUUUCUACCAUGAGCACACCAGGAGCGACCGAGACCAGUAUGUCCGUAUCAACUGGGAGAAUAUUCCACAAGCAUCUGCAAACAACUUUGAGAAGAAAGAUACAAAUAAUUUGAAUACCCCAUAUGACUAUACCUCAAUCAUGCAUUAUGGAAGGACUGCCUUCGCCAUACAGUAUGGGAAGGAAUCCAUCUCUCCUAUUCCUGACUCUUCAGUGAAGAUUGGACAGAGAGUGGAAAUGUCUACCAUUGACAUUCAGAAGAUCAACAAGCUCUAUGAAUGUGGUGAGUACAUUCUAUGCAUACAUUAGAGGGAUAGUUCACCCAAAAAACUUAAUGUUAUCCGCAGUCACCAUUUACAUUCUUUGUAUGGAAAAAAGAUGCAAUAGGGACUGGUCGAAGAACAUUUCCUGUUGUGUUCCACAUAAAAAUGAAAGUCAUUCAGGUGGACAUCAUUUUAAUUUCUGGGUGAACUAUUCCACAUAAAAGACACAAAUGUAGUCUUAUUUAUUUUAAAUGUUAAGUUGGUCAGUAAUCUCAUACACUGUACAAAAUACUGCCAUACUAAUGAAAUAAAA